UGUAAUAUGAUUUUAUAUCGCACAGGAUCUACACCAGCCCCGCAACUGAUUGGUACCGUUACGCUGCUAAACAAGCUACAGCCCUGCAACCCGCCUAUCUACAGGAACACUGCAACACCAGCUUACAACCUCUCCCAGACUCAUAUACGAGUUUCCUUUUUCUCCUUCCUCUCGUCAAGCCGGGUUCGAGCAUUUAAGCGACAAAAUGCUUUUCAGUACUCUUCUCCUAUGGGUCGGGACCGUCGCGGCGCUUUCCACCAAGGGAUUAUAUGAUCUAAUCGAGCGCCGACUACCUGGCCAUGCAAACGACUUCUCAUUUUCCCUUGAUGAUGGCUAUCGAUCUGGAGGACAUGAUACCCGUUUUCUCAACGACACCUACAGUAUUUCGACGACUGAGAAUGGCACAAUUGCAAUCACUGGUAACUCCUUGAGUGGACUUGCCACAGGCUUGCAUCGCUAUCUUACCGACUUCGCUCGUGUCGAUAUCCAUUGGUUCAUUGGCAGUCGCCUGGAUCAAGCUGCCAAACAUCUCCCCCGUCCGAAGACCACUACUUCCGGCUCCAGCAUCGUUCCGUGGCGGUAUCAUUUCAACACCGUCACUUUCUCGUACACCGCCGCCUUCUGGACCUGGGAAGACUGGGAACUCGAACUCGAUUGGAUGGCGUUACGCGGCAUCAAUCUCCCCUUAGCCUGGGUAGGCGCUGAAAAGCUCCUCGUGGAAGUUUUUCAAGAGAUGGGCCUCUCCGACACUAAAAUAACCUCGUUCCUUAGCGGACCCGCAUUCCAGGCCUGGAACCGUUUCGGAAACGUCCAAGAUUCUUGGGGCGGCGAGCUGCCGUCGUCCUGGAUCUCUAGCCAAUUCGAUCUUCAAAAGAAAAUCCUAGUCCGCAUGACAGAUCUCGGAAUGGUUCCCAUCCUUCCCGCCUUCACCGGUUUCGUGCCAAGGGCUUUCCCUGCAGUCUACCCCAACGCCUCCGUCAUAAACGGAUCCGCGUGGGAAGGGUUCGACGCAGACUACACUAAUGUGACCUUUCUCGAGCCUUUCGACCCUCUCUUCGCCAAGAUGCAAGAGCUCUACAUCCACAAGCAAGUUGAAGCCUACGGCAACAUCACACGCUUCUGGACGCUAGACCAACACAACGAGAACGACCCUCAAUCUGGCGACCUCUCUUACCUCAAAAACACGACGCUGAAUACCUGGAAAGGCCUCAAGGCCGCCGAUCCCAGUGCGGUCUGGGUUAUGCAAGGCUGGCUCUUCUACAGCAACAUAGACUUCUGGACCGAGGAACGCGUCAAGGCCUACCUUUCUGGCGUCGAAAAAGAUGAAGACAUGCUCGUCUUGGACCUCUUUUCCGAGAGCCAGCCCCAGUGGCAGCGCACGAAAGGGUAUUUCGGCAAACCCUGGAUCUGGUGCCAGCUGCACAACUACGGGGCCAACAUGGGACUGUACGGCCAAGUCGAGAACAUCACCGUCGAUGCCAUUGCCUCACUGCACUCAGAGACGCCGCCGAUUGGCUUCGGCCUGACUCCUGAAGGGCAGGAAGGGAACGAGAUCGUGUAUGAUCUCCUGCUCGCUCAAGCCUGGGAUGCAAGCCCUAUAUCCACGAAAAAGUAUUUCCAGGACUGGGUACAGGCACGUUAUGGUCCCGCCAAAGUCCCGCGCGACCUAGAAACAGCAUGGGAUAUCCUGCGCACAAGCGUAUACAACAACAUGAACCUCACCUCGAACGCGGUCCCCAAGUCCAUCCUCGAGCUCUCCCCCAACAUCACCGGGCUCGUGAAUCGGGUGGGUCACCACCCCACGGCGCUGAACUACGCCCCUGACACCCUCAUCGUAGCGUGGAAGCACUACCUCGCCGCCUCCCACUCCUCCCCCGCCCUUUGGGCAAACCCAGCCUACCAACACGACGCAGUCGACAUCACCCGCCAAGUCCUCGCGAACCGCUUCCUCUCUCUCUACACCGACGCCAUAACCGCGUACCACACCUUCAACGCCUCCAACAGCCCCACCGUCUACGCCACCCUGCUCGAGAAGAAAGACGAAAUGCUGACAGUGCUGCACACCCUCGACGCGCUCCUGUCUACCCUGCCCCAGUUCUCGCUCAGCACUUGGCUCAAUUCUGCGCAGUCCUGGGCCGGCAAUGACACGGCUGAGGCAGCGUUCUUUGAUUACGAUGCGAGGAAUCAGAUCACGUGGUGGGGGCCGGGUGGGGAGAUUGCGGAUUAUGCAAGUAAAGGCUGGGGCGGGUUGGUGGGCGGGUAUUAUGCCCCGCGGUGGGAGGUGUUUUUUGAGUAUGUGACGGUAGCCGGGAAGUGGAACGACACCGCUGUAAAGGGCGCUCUCAAAGCAUUCGAGAGCGGAUGGCAGACGCAGGGUGAAGGGGGAAAGUUGAAUGAGGAGAAAGUGGGAGGGGUGAGGGAGGUGGUGAAGAGGGUGGUGGGUUUGGUUGGGUAG